UCACACUCGCUGACUCAUUAUUGCAGGAAACUUCUUCUUAUACGCAGUUGUGUUGUCUGUAACCGAUAGUUUGUUGUCAGUUAUCAAGGAUUACCAUUGUGAAUUACAAUAUUUUCUCCUUGACUAGUGGCGAUAAAAGGUAACUGUGUGAUAAAAUUGUACGGGAAAUGGUUUGACAAUAAUAUCAUUGAGUUAUGAUUAUAAAUAAUAGACUUCAGUGAUCAACAAACAAUUUUCUGUAAUACUAAGCAUACCGGCUUUGUGGUGCAAUAGCGAGCUUUAUAACAACAGAAAUAUUAAAAUAUCGUGUCGACGUUGUGUUGAGUUUAAAGUUGGAUUAUAUUUUAUAAUUAAAUUAGUGUAUUUCUGAAGUACUAUGAUAAGAAGAGAAAGAUUAAAGUUGUGACAUUACUUCAUUGUUGACAGGAUGUUAUACUGACAGAAAAUGGAGUGAUAAUCGAUUAGGAAGCAGUAAAAUCAAGUUGAUCAAAAUGCUAUGCUUGAAGAAAGUGUAUCGUGAUGAACUUCUUCAACUCGCUAUAUUGCUAAGUUUACUGCGAGUGGACAGAAGAUCAUCAUUUGGAUACGAUUAUGAUGUGCCAGCAAUUGGAGUGGGAAUCGACGACAUCCAGGGAUGGGACCGGUCUCAUUCGUUAGUCCGCAGAGAUAUCCAAAUACACCCAAAAAAUCUAGAUUCCGUUCUGUUGAACUAUGAACAACAAGUGUUUGACGAUUUGAAUUCAUUGGGGAGAUAUAACAGGAUAAACUCUCUACAAGAUGUCACUGCAUAUUUGCUCAACAUCGAUGAAAACAACGACAACAACGACACAGAUAGUGGGAACAAUAGCCAGGUCUAUGAUCGGACUGAGAACAUAUCGAGGACAAGUGAGGGUGACCUGGCAAGUGGUGUUGACGUGGGUGAUGUUGACGUGGGUGAUGUUGACAUAAAGUUAGAGCCAGAAGAUAGUGAGCAAGAUGAUCCAUUCAGCGGAGGCUUGUUUGGUGCUGAGGGCAUUUUUCUGCAAGAAGAAGAGGAAUAUCACAAUUUGUACUUCUUGGACAGUUUGGCUGCUGUUGAUGUAAAGGAGGAACCUCAACCGAGCGAUGAGCUCACUCAAGAGGAUAUGGAGCUUAUCGAGGUGCUGUGGAAGCAGGACGUGGACAUGGGCUUCACUCUGGAGACCCUGCAGAUGCAGCCAGAAUCAGGACCCCUUACCAAACCUGGUCCUGACCCAGACCCCAAGGCCAACACUUCACUCACUGAGCUACUCUCCGAACCUUUGGACAAGCUGCCAGAGCUGGAUGACUUGGACGGUCUACCUUAUGCAGUUGAUGAGGAAACUGGUGAAUAUGUGCUGAAGGAGGACAUCAAUGUGACUUCACUGUCCGUUGAUGAGCCGCCCUCUGCCCUCCUUCAUCAACCAGACUUCUCUCUAGAGCAAGCCUUCCAACUUGUCUGUCUUGAUGAAUCGUGCAUUGAGUUGGGAUCGAGUGCAGAGCCAAAGGCAGAAGCGGGCAACAAAGAAGCGAAACCGGACCCGGAGGACGGAACUGCGCCGGAUGUUGUCGAGGAUCUCGACCUGUUUGCAGAAAUGAUUCAAACUCCUCAAUACCAUGGCCAUGCUCGCCCUUUCCAGGGCCGCAUGCCGUAUGUGCGCACGAUGAGCAUGGAGCAGCGCUGGCAGGAUUUGGCUAACCUGCUCAGCUUGCCGGACCCCAGCCACCCGUACCACCACUUCCAUCCCUCGGGCCCCUACACAGGGGGUCCCAGCUACUCGGCAGACCGCAGCGUGCUGCUGCACAACGCCACGCUGGCCCCACCCAUGGGCGACAUCACUACCAACUCCACUCCCUACCAACCGCUAGGAGGAGGUUCCAACUUGGGCAAUGCAGUAGCGACCUCAAUGAACCUGACUAACAGCAGUGAGCCUAUCGGAGGGGAACAUCAGAAUGUCAACUUCAAGAUUGAGAACCCCCAUGAUAUGAUGUAUUAUCAGAAUGGGACAACCGAGAUGAACCACACGACUGAUGGGUUCCUGUCGUCCAUCCUCAAUGAUGAAGACCUCCAGCUUAUGGAUAUGGCGAUGAAUGAAGGUAUGUACACCAUGCGAAUGCUGGAGGGCACAGGUGGGGGAGCAACGGGUCACUCCCAGCCCCACGAACGAGGCACAGACUCCGACAGUGCUGUCAGUUCCAUGGGCAGUGAGCGGGUUCCCUCCCUCUCUUCAGACAAUGAGUGGAUGGAGACCAACUCUGACUCUGGCCACACACCAGCCGAUCAUUACACCACAGACUACCAUGGCAAGCUGCGGUGGUGUGACUACAGUUACUCGGGCCGUCAGCAUGCCGCAGAAGGUGGUGCUAACAGUCACAGGCUACCCCAACCCUCAGUUGCCCAGAAGAAGCACCACAUGUACGGCAAGAGAUACUUCCAGGAGCAAGUCGCAACAUCCAGCUCCAACAGCAGUGUGGUGGUGGGCAGUCCAGGUCCCUGCACUCCAACAGCCAAGUUUGACUAUGGAGCCAGUGACGGAGCAUUCUCUGCUCUCCACCAUGCAGAGCCCAAGGCCAGUCCUGAGAUGAAGUACAGUUGCAGUGUGGAGUUCAGCAGACACCUACAUUCAGGAGUACGAGCACCCGUGGAACACGUGCUACACAACCACACCUACCACCUGCCUCCCGACCAGACGGGUGCCAUGCAGAGACCUAUUACCCGAGAUAAGCAGAAAGGACGCCGCAGUGAUGAGGAGCCGAUGACACGGGAUGAGAAGCGAGCUAGAGCUCUCAAUGUACCGAUUCCGGUACCUGACAUCAUCAACUUGCCAAUGGACGAGUUCAACGAACGACUGUCCAAGUACGAUCUCAGUGAGACCCAGCUCUCUCUCAUCAGAGACAUUCGCCGCCGAGGCAAGAAUAAGGUUGCAGCACAGAACUGUCGUAAACGCAAACUGGACCAGAUCAUGAGUCUUGCAGAUGAAGUGAAACAGAUGAGGGACAGAAAACAUAGACUCGUACGAGAACGUGACUUUCUGGUUGCAGAGACUCAGAGAAUGAAGAACAAAUACACUCAGCUGUAUAGGCAUAUAUUCCAGGCUCUCAGAGACUCGGAAGGUAAUCCCUACUCUCCGUACGAGUGGAGCUUGCAGCAGUCAGCUGAUGGUUCCGUGUUGCUGGUACCACGCAACAACACCUCAUCCUCCCUUGUCGACUCGGAACCUCGGCCCAAGCACAAGGAACCAGAUCCCUCCCGCAAACCUUGAGGCUGAUUUGUGUGCAUAAUUGAAUUUUAAAUUCUAUGUAUAUAUUUUACAUAAGACUCCCAUUGUGUAUAUUGGAAAACAAUAGUUUUAUUCGCAUUAAGGAUUUAUUUUUAACAUUGAAAAUGUUUAAUAUUACUAAGAAAACACCAAAAACUUUUAAAUUUUUAAAUUGGGUUAGCAAUAAUUUCCAAAGUUGCUAUCAAUGGAUUCAUUUUUUAACAUUGACUUUUCUUGAGGAUGUUUCACAUUGUUCUAAAUAAAGGAUAUGCAUUUUUUUCUCAGUAAUUUUGAUUUACUGAGAACAGUUUGUAACUGUACCAUUUAUCAGCAUUAUUAUUUUUUUAUAGUUGCUAAGAAUUAGUAGUGAAAAAAGGUUGUCAAUAAUUUAAAUUUUUAAGUUAAGUAUCAUAUAUGUACAUAAUAUUAUUUAAGGUUAUAAUUGCCUUAGUGCAUGAUUAUAAAAAUAUUAGUUUAGCGAUUAAUUUCAUUUGGUCAUUUAUUUCUUAAGUGAUUUUUAUGAGAGCAUAUUUCCAAUACCAAAUAAUUUGUAAAAUUACAUUUAUUGCUUAGAUAUUAUAAAUUUAAAAAAAUUUGAUUUAAUCAUUGUAUUAAAAGUUGGAUAUUGAAGUAAAAGAGAAAAACCUCCUUUUUUAGCAUCUUUAGUUAAAUUGAGUCUAUUUGUUGCUGAUUCCAAAUUUAGUUCAUCGAGUUUUGUAAAACUCAACUUCUUUAUUAUGGGCAUUGAAAUUUAUCUGACAUCUCUCUAUUUUUUUCUAUUUUUAAGGUAAGGAUUACUUUUUUUACUUAUUACUUAGUAUGAUAACUAUCUGUUUAUUUGAUGUUUAGUGAAAAGUCAGAGAAUGUUGAAUAGUGUGAGGUUUAUUUGAACUGUGUUUUGUCCAGUCUAUGAAUGUAAUUAAAGCAGUUCUGCAUUGAACAUAAUAGGCUUUAACACUUAUUUCUCUUUAAUCUAUAUAAAAUUCCUAAUGUACUAUUUUAUUUUUGUUUGAGGGGAUCACACGAUAUAUAAAAGAAUAAUUAUUAGUAAAAAUCUAUUAAAUAUAGUAUUUCUUUUAAAAAUUUGCAUAGGAUAACAGUUGUAAAAUAUGUUAUGUUGUGUCUUAUGUAACAAAUUAUUGAAAUCCAAAAAUAUAAAUUUAAUAAACAAUUUCGGAAAGUGUGUUUAAUAGAUUAAAAAGUAAAUUCAGUUGAUUUGAAGAAAAUGGAUAUAAUGAAUUAUAUUCAAGACAAUACAGUCUAAAUAUAAAAUACAAAUAAGUGAAUGGAAGUGUGUAUAUUUUUCUAUCGUAAAUACAAUGAAAUAUUAGUAAUUUUUAACACAUUCACGAUGAUGGCUUAUUUCUGGACUUUUUCAAUACUAACGGCAAAAAACCAUAAUUGUGUUUUUAAGUUUAAUAUCUAAGUAUAACUAUAAUAGUAUGUAAACUUCACAAUUUUUCACAAAACAAAUGAUUUCAAUAUGCUUUUUUUCAAUUUUCCUCUGUGUACCCCAAGGUGUAUCCAAAAAAUGAAUUUACAAUCAAAACUAAGCAAUCAUGUGCCCAACAGGAUACACAAUAGUCCAAGGUGUUUAUUUAAGUGCGGAAUCAAAUGUAACAAACCACGAAGACAAGCAAACAAUAAAUACACAAUAAGAAAUUACAUAGGACUGUGUACCCCAUUAGGCACUCAACAUGCUUUACGCAAGCCCCAUGUGCACCUGAUCGGGUACACAACAGCAGUUGUGAAAAGUCACGUGUACCCAAUGGGGUACACAUCGUCAUUAAUGUGUUAAAUAAAUUGAAAUAACUUUGUUACUUUAAUAUUUUUGUUUUUGUUUUACCAAUAAAUCUUAGAAGAUGAAGAUUAACACUUUUGUGAAUAUAUUUAAUUUGAAGUAGUUAUUAUAGCAAUGUGUGGUGCAAUUUUAGUGUAAAGAAAUUUGGAAAUUUGAAUAAAUAUCUUCCCAUCUGAUACUGAAUGAACUUUUGAUUUGAUUCUUGAUUUUGCUUUGUGUUUCAAAGUUAUUUAAUUACUUUAAAAAUAUGAUGAUCAAACAAUUAUUUGUUAAAAAGAAAAACUAUUUACAUCUCAUAUUAUAUUGUAAAUUGACUUAAUUCUGACUUACUCUUGCUCAUUUUUUAGAAAUAAAAAAUGUUCUUAGAAAACAAAUAAUCUCAAAUUAGCUAUAAAUUACGUUGACUAUAUAGGCCAUACAUGGUAGCCUAUAUUUUUAGCUUCAAAAGAUGUCUACUUUGUGACCACAGACUUAGGCAGCCAUGAACCCCCCACUUACAGUAUUUGAUUGAUUACAUCCUUGAUCUAGAUUUUGUUUGUCAUUCAAGAACUGUAUUUGCUUAAAACAUUCAUUGUUCAUAAGGAGUAAACCAUUUAGAACUUUGAAUUACAUUGUUAGUCUUUAUUUCUACUCCUCAAAAUAUACAGGGAAGUAAAGUGUUUUAAACUAUUAUAGGCAAGUAAUGCAAAUGUCUUUAAGCUGUCGGCUUCCUGCUUAUUUCAUUUUUAAUAAAAUUAAGGUUUAUCUUUAAUAACAUCAAAGAAUAAUAAUUAGUUGUGUUUAGGAAAUAUUUUUACUUUGUACCUGUGCUUUUUGUUAACCUUUUUAUUUUUUUAAUUGUUAGCCAAAGUAUCUUUUUUGGUUAAUGGGUUGAGCCUUUCCUAUUUUCGUAAGAGAUGUUGUAGAUUUUGUUGUUUUUAAUUAAUAUAACUCGAUUAAGUUAAAUAAAUAGCUUAGCUUUUAUGGUAGUUUAAUAGAGUUAUUAACACGUUUUUCACAUAAUAUUUUGAGCUCUUAAGCUUUUAAUGGCUUUAACAUCAAAGUCAAAAAAUAAGAUUUUAUCCAGUAAAUUAAAAAAAGUACUCACUGCUAUACAAAUUGUGAUGGAUUCAAGGCAAGAUUAAGACUAAGUGAUGGCAACAGUCACCUGUUGCCUAGUAUUGAAUGGGCCCUGCCUUAUAGUAAAAUUGUAGUAUUUUGUACAUAAUAGCUUAUUGUGUAUAUUAACUAUUUUUAUAAGGGUGUUCGUAUCGGGUCUAUGCUCACAACACUGAUCUCUGUACAUAUUGUGUAUUUUUUAAUGUUGCGUCUAUCAUUUUGUAUUGUACAAUUGUCAUUUUGUUGAUUUCAGAGUUAUAUUGUAAUAAAGUGAUGGGCUAUCCUCUAUAAAAA